AACAUUCGUGCAGAUAAAAGACGGUGAAAAUUUUGGCACACUUUCGCAGCUUAGGAAUGUCGUGUCGGUCAGAGUCUUCCGUCAUCGCGAAUGGCAGUGUGGAAUGUGUUAAUUGAAACGUUUUAUUUGUUAUUUUGCAAUGAAUGAACUUAAAUUCUGCUUUUAAAAUAAAGACCAAAUACUUAGAAAGAAUAGGGAAGAUAUGGAAAUACAGUUUCACGAUAAUUCGACGCUGCUCUACUUCGGGGAGCAAUGCACCGAGUACAGCGACGAGAUUAUCUGGAUCUUGCAAGAAACAGAGUUAAAUCGACUUACGAUGCGUUACACAUCACCACAACUGCGGUACCGCGAUGUGAUGGUCAAUUUUAUUCGGAGUAUCGGAGAAUGCGAGCUACUUCGAAGAUCUACUGUUCAUUUGGCCAUCUAUCUCUUAGAUGCCUUCAUGGACAACCACAGUAUUAAUGAUAAUCGUUUAAAUCUCGUCGCCUUGUCCUGUUUGCUGCUGGCAGCCAAAAUGGAAGAAAACGAGCCAAACGUUCCAACGCUAGCCAGUAUGAAUGAAUUGGUCAGGAACCAGUAUCCUUAUUCAGAUUUCAUCCUACUCGAGGUGCUCCUACUAAAGUUUUUCAACUGGCACCUGAUAAUUCCUACGGCAGCCACCUUUGCGGAAUUUUGGCUGUUGAACGUUGUAGGAAAAUCGGAUUUUUCUAUGUCAAUUAGCGACGAAACGUUUUUCGAACGGCGCGCUCGAGCAAUUGAACUCGUUCUGGAGUAUCUCGACCUAACGCUUACGGAUAUCAAAAUGACUAACAUCCGGCCAUCGCUGUUGGCCUCCGCCUGUCUGGCUGCUGCACGUUCGUCACUACCAGUACAGAUGGUAUGGACCGAAACCAUGGAAGAAUUAACCGGUUACUCAUACCAUGAAAUAGCAACCCUGACUCGGGAGCUGAUGAACUGGAGAGCAUGUUUGAUUGCGAAGGAAACUGCAUGUCGUAAGCGAUCGGCUUGUGAUUCUGGUUAUCUGACAGAGUUCCCUGCCGACGCCGACGAAAGCGACGACUUCGAGUUCGACACGGAGGAAAGUGACGACGAUAUUGCUUUCGUUCUUAGCUGUAAGCGACCUAAGUAGGCCAAACAUCGUAUGGAUGAAAUUUGUUUGCGUGAGAUGGUUAUAAAAACAUUAAAGUAGAAAAAGAAUCGGUUGUGUAAUGUUUUCUCCAAACCCAGUUUCCGAAGGUAAUACUCUCCAGAAUGCACUACAUCCUCGAAAGUG